GCACACCCCUCACACCCCCAACGCAAAUGUCAGGCUUCGCCCUCGGACUGACGACCGGCGUGCUCGCCGGCGCGGCAGUGUACUACACCCUCUCUGCGGGGCUCGAGCAGUCGACCCACCACCUGCGGCAAGGACUGGCGCACAGCAACGCCGUCCUCGAGCACUCGUUCUCGCCGACCGAGGCGCCCGCGCCCGUGUCCCGCGUCGGGCCGUCCUCUCCGGCCGGCGACGCAUCCCUCGGCGACCUCGUCCGGCGCAAGUGGAACGCGCUCGUGUCCGGCGCCGUGGCCAACGCGCGCGAGACGGACUGGGCCGAGCUGGGCCGCAACGCGUGGCAGCAGAGCCGCGAGCUCGCGAGCAAGCUCGGCGACGCGGGGACCCCCGCGGCGGACAAUGCCGCCCGCGCCGUCGCCGCCACGGGCGAGAUCGCCGCUGCGGACGCCAUUGUCGCUGUCGAGGCCGCCAAGGGCGCCGUCGCUGCCGCUGCCGCUGCCCAGCCACCAGCAAAGCCGCCCACCGACGUCAACGUCGACGCACCACUCCGCCCCACGCCAAAGAUCACGGAAACGCCCAAGCGCUUGGUCUAGGGUAUAGAAAUGCAUAGCCUGCGAGAUGACACA